UUGAGUACACGAAUAAUGAAAUUGCAUGGUUAUGAAGUUGAGAUAUUAGUUGACGACAAACCGCUGAAGGAAUACUACGUUCCUAUCGUUAAUGGAGUUGUUUCCACCACCGGCCCAUCAUAUGUCCUUGAUGCUGCGACCGGUCGCAAAGUAUUAAGCCCAAUAGUGACCUACGCUUCCGUAGCCAGACCAAAUACUCGGUUUGCGAUCAAAAUAGUGGCGCACGAUGCAAAGCCAGAAAAUCAUAUCCUGGCCGAAAUAUACAUUGACGGAAUGACUGACCACCGUUGGAAACAUAUAAAGACUGCCAAUUCUCGCAAAAAAGAAUUUUUUAGGAGUUCGGAUAGGACUAGGAAAUGUUAUUUCAAAUUUACUGAUCGUAUGAUCAAGGAAACGUCUAAGCGUAGGUCAAUCGAUAAUUUUUCCGAUUGUGAGGACAGUAGUUCAAAAUAUGGCACAAUGUCGACUUCGAGGACUAUUUCCAGUUCAGGGUCAAGUCCGAGGUGUAGUAUGAAUGUGAAGCGAGGUGAACCAUUGCCGGAAAUGAACGAGGAAGAGAUAAAAGACUCGGGAGGCUUAGGAGCGAUUUCGGUAUAUUUCUAUCGAGCAAAAAUAGAGAGGAUACCCGAAGAGACAUCAGAGG